AUGUAUGCUGUUGUUAUCAUCGGUAAUGGUUAUAGUGAUCCGAACUUUUUUGAUGAGGAUUUUCUCGGUCGAAUUUCCGAUUCUGAAGUCAGCUGGCCUCUUAAAAAGAAUAAUUUGCACAAGAUUUAUUUGCGCGUACGUGACUUCUAUAAGGAGUCACUUUCAGUUACGUUGACGGAAAAAUGGACCAUGGAUUUCCGAAACGAAGCAGAAGAAACAAUUAUGAAUUCUGUGGAUUGUCUAUUAAGAUUGGUGCUUGCGGCUUCCGUGCUUCACGUUCGCGAACAGAAAUACUUUAUUAAUUUGUUGAUGAAACAGUCAGAAGCGCUUCAGUUCUUUGCAAUGGAAAUUAUUCGGGAGAUGGAAAAGUUGAUGCCCCACGCAACAGGAGAGGUUGGAAGGAAAGCAAAUGAUGUUUCGUCCUCUGGCACCGAGAUAAGCGAAAUGAGGGCGAAGGUUGAGAAACUUAGUAGAGAGAACCAGUGUCUGCAGGAGGAGUUGAAGGAGAUGAAGGAAGAACGAGACAGCCUGGCAGAACAGAAUCGGACACUGCGCACCGAUGUCGAAGAUUUAAGUGGAAGCAGUAGUGAGGUCGAAAGUUUAAGAAAGCAGCUUCGGGCUGCAAACACUCUAAAAACAUCUGUUCAGGACUCGCUCUACAAAGCAGAAGCAGAGAGGGACCAUUUCAAGAAGAGCUUCGAAGAGAUCACGAAGGAACACACAUUAGUUUUGGAUAAACUUCAAAAGUUAGCCCCUUUGGAGGAAGAGUAUAGAAAAGCGAAAGAUGAGCUUGAAGAGUUCCGUCUCCGGGUUUUGGACUUUGAGAAGCUGAAUUCGCAAGUUGAAACGUACAAGUCCAAGAUAAAGGAGUGCAAUGCGCAGAAGGUGGAAAUGAAGGUAUUAAAAGAGAAGGUUGAUACAUACAUGCAAAGUGUUAUUGCCCUUGAAGACGAAAAAAGAAAAAAUGGAGUGUUGAAAAUACAGGUCGAGUCAUUACGGCUCGAAAAUAAAGAUUCAAACGAAAAACAUCGUCGAGAACUGCUUCGUGCCGAAAAGGCAGAAUUUGAGAUAAAGAGGUUGACAGAUCGUUUGAAGGAUGCAGAAGAUGUAAAGAACAAACUUCGUGGAGAAUGCAAGGAACUAAAUGAGAAAUUGUUUCUUAACGGAGGUAUGGGGGCCUCGAAGGCUUCUGCUUCUUCUCUUCAUGACGAGACCAUGGAGGCCAGUGGGUUUUCUUUACAGGAGCGUAUGUUAAGGCUCGAGAAAGAAAAUGAAAAGUUACAAGCAAAAGAAAGUGAAGAAAUUAAAUUAAUGAAGGAAGAGUUGAGUUCAAUGGCUGAAAAAAAGGCUCUAGUUGAAUCAGAACUGAAUUGGUCCCAGCGACAAUUAAUGGAAUUGGAGGCCAAGUUGAAGGAUGCAGAGGACUGUAUUACGAAAGGCAAAGGUCUAAGUGAGGACCGUUACUCCGAGGAACAAGCACAGAAAGAGAAGCUGUCGUUGAAUGUAGCACAGUUGCAAGCGAGGCUUGAACAGGCUAACAAACAGUUUGAGUCCGUUGUUGAAGAGAAGGAAGAACUUAAAAGGCAACUCGAAACAGCCGGUCAAAAUCUUUUGGCUGAGAAAGAAAAGUUGCGAAUUUAUAUGGAGAAGGCAAGAACGGUAAUUGAUGAUGUUGAGAAACAGAAUCGUGCUGUUGAGGCAGGGGGACUUAGCAGGCAUGAAUUUGACGCUAUUCGACAUGACCGGGAUUCGUAUAAACAAAUGUUCGAGGCCCUGAAAGCUAGUUUUGAAAGGCGUCGUACACUGAAAGAGGAAGAACAGCGAUUGAUUAUCUCACACUACUAUGAUCUGAUGAUGCAAAGGCAACAUUUUAACCACGGCGAAGAUUCCGCAAGAUCUGAGUUAAUGUCAACACCAGAGAAAAGUUUUUUGGCGCGACAACGGCAGUGCAACAAUUUUUCGAGGUGA